AUGAUGUCUUCUCACUUUUAUCACACUUACUCGGGGAGACAAUGUACUAUAAUCGCCCGCCAAUCCCAUGUGGAUGUCGCUACUUCGACAAUAGCCACGGCGGUUGGGUUCCUGGCGAUACUUCCCCGAGGUCUCUCUGCAGGCCUACGCAACGAUCUGUCCUCCAUCUCCCGGACAGUCCUGACCCAGACCUUCACCAACCCCUCGAGUACACCUCUCAAAGGAGUCUCGUACACUUUUCCAUUAUAUGACGGUGUCAGCGUCGUGGACUACAUCUGCCAAGUUGGCGACCGAGUCCUCUACAGUCAGGUCAAAUUCAAGGAACAAGCCAAUAAAGACUAUACCGAAGCCGUAUCCCAGGGUCGACAGGCAAGUGUUCUCGACUACAGCGCCAGGGACGUCCUAAAUGUCCGGCUGGGGAAUGUCAAGGUGGGUGAACAGGUGGUCGUCGAGAUUACGUUCCUUAGCUAUCUCAAGCAGGAUGCUCAGGCGGAUGGUGUUCGCUACACGUUUCCGAAUAUCCUAGCCCCGCGGUAUGGUAGCCUGAAUGACAACCCGGCAUUUUGGUCGCGGUUUGGAAACCAGGCACAAAACCAAAGCAUAUCCAUCACCGUGGAUGUCCUCAUAGAAAAGCCUUAG